AAAUAUUUAAGAAAAUGUUGAGAAAAACAUCUUUACCACGAGAUCCUUCAUCUGUUAUACACAAGCUCUCUUCUCACUACCAAAAGCUCUUUCAAACAGUUAUUGAAAUCCUCAACCGUAAUUGAAACCCUAAACCUAAAACCCUUUCGAUUUUUUCCCUCAAUCGAAUCGAUUCUCCCUUCGAAAAUCCUUGUUCGUUCACCAUUUUUGAAGAUGGACAUCGAGCAGAGGCAAUCGGAGCUCAUCGAUCACUUCGUCAAACAAGCCUCUGCUGUAUCCAAUGCUCCCUCACUCGCUUCCGUCAUUGUCGAAGCAACCUCGAACCCUUUACUCUUCGCUUUCUCUGAGAUUCUCGCCCUCCCCAAUGUUCUUCAGCUGGAAGCAACUGAUAAUUCUGUCUACCUUGAUUUGCUUCGUCUGUUUGCUCAUGGAAUAUGGAGCGACUACAAGAGUAACUCUGACCGCCUUCCGCAAUUGACACCUGAUCAGAUUCUCAAGCUUAAGCAACUUACAGUUCUUACCCUCGCUGAGACAUAUAAGGUACUACCCUAUGACCAAUUGAUGCAGGAGCUAGAUGUGACAAAUGUUCGUGAGCUUGAAGAUUUUCUAAUUAAUGAGUGCAUGUAUGCGGGAAUAGUCAGAGGGAAGCUGGAUCAGUUGCGACGAUGCUUUGAGGUCCAAUUUGCAGCAGGUAGGGACUUGAGGCCUGGUCAGCUGGGGAAUAUGAUACAGACACUCUCCAACUGGUUAUCUACAUCGGAAAAUAUGCUUGUUUCAAUUCAAGAUAAGAUAAAAUGGGCUGAUGCAAUGAGUGAAAUUGACAAGAAGCACAGGAAGGAUGUGGAAGAGAAGGUUGAAGAAGUAAAGAAGUCCCUUUUCAAGAAGUUACACACUGUAAGCAGGCCGACAUCGACUUCAGAGGGCAUGAGGAGAUCUGCUCUGAAUCUGGUGGAGUGAUGGAUUAUGAAGAAGAUCGAAGCCGACCGAAGAGGAGGCGGCAUCCGAUAUCUUGAGGAUUGUAGUAGAUAAAGGAGCUCAAUGAAUUGGGUGUUUUAGUUGCUUGCCCGACUUUUAUUCAUGGCAUGCGUCAACUGAGAAUAUCAGCUUUUGGAGACAAGUAAAUCUCACAUCCAUACUGCACUUGUCUGUCACCCCACAAAGCUGAGAUAGGAACAAGGAACAAAAAGGAACACCUUUUAUUUCUUUGAGGUUGUAUUUUGGAAAUGGAUAGUAUUUCUGGAACCAUUGUUAAUACUUCAUACUGAGUUGGUUAGAACAAGCUAAGGUGGUGGUGGUGCGGCUUUAUUUUUAUGCUAAAAUGCUACAGUUUUCUUUUAUAUUAUGCUUCAUUUAUACUGCCUCA